AUGUUGUGUUUCUCUUUCAGAGGGACAGGACCCCAGACCCAGCUGUGGGUGCCACAAUGGGAGGGACAGGACCCCAAACCCAGCUUUGGGUGCCACAGUGUGGGGAACAGGACCCCAGACCCAGGUGUGGGUGCCACAGUGGGGGGACAGGACCCCAGACCCAGCUGUGGGUGCCACAGUGGGGGGAACAGGACCCCAGACCCAGCUGUGGGUGCCACAGUGGGGGGAACAGGACCCCAGACCCAGGUGUGUAGGGAACAGGACCCCAGACCCAGCUGUGGGUGGGGAACAGGACCCCAGACCCAGCUGUGGGUGGGGAACAGGACCCCAGACCCAGGUGUGGGUGCCACAGUGGGGGGAACAGGACCCCAGACCCAGCUGUGGGUGCCACAGUGUGAGGGACAGGACCCCAGACCCAGGUGUGGGUGCCACAGUGGGGGGAACAGGACCCCAGACCCAGGUGUGGGUGCCACAGUGGGGGGGAGCAGGACCCCAGACCCAGCUCUGGGUGCCACAGUGGGGGGAACAGGACCCCAGACCCAGCUCUGGGUGCCACAGUGGGGGGAACAGGACCCCAGACCCAGCUCUGGGUGCCACAGUGGGGGGAACAGGACCCCAGACCCAGCUGUGGGUGCCGGGCCCCGGGUCUGUGGGUGCUGGGUGGGGGUGGGCAGGCACCCCAGGGUGGGACCCUCACUCCUCUCUUCCUCUCCCCCCAGCCACAGCACCCCCAGCCCUGCGCCCCCCGCCCGUCCCGGCCGCCGGAGCGGAGAGGAGAGGAGAGGAAAAGAGAAGAGAAGAGGAGAGGAGGGGGCCACCUCCGUUGGGGACCCCACCCCGCCGCCCCGCUUCGCCCCCGGCCCCCGCCUCGGCCGUGGCGCCGGCGCCGCGUUCUGUCUCUCCUCCCAGCCAGAAGCAGAGGGACUCUUUAAGUUUUAUUUUUUAUUUGAUUAAUUUUCAUUUUCUGCACAAAACCAGCAAUUGUAAAUACUUUUGAAGAAAAGAAGUUAAAAAAAAAAAUGUUUAAGGAUAAAAAAAAAAAAAAAAUUUAAAAAGCUGAAAAAUCACCAAAAAAAAAAAAAAAUAGAGAAUCAUGCACCGGAGGGAGAAUCCAAAAAUGACAGAGAACAGGCCUAAAGCAUCCAAGAGGUGAAUAUGCAGCAGAAAAGAGCAAAACCCCCCCCAGUAUGCACUGAGAAAAAAUUUAUUUACAGAUCGAGCAACAAAAAAAAAAAAAAGAAAAAAAAGAAAAAAGUAACAAUAACCUAUUUAUUGUAUAUAAUGUUUUAUUAUAAAUCGUGUCUUGUAUAUUGCAUUCUGUACAUCUGCUGUGGUUUUGUGGUGUGCAACUUCCGCAUGGGUUCCUUGGGUUUCCGUUGCCUUUUUUUUAAUGAUUCAAUGAUGAUUUGAGUUUUAUUUUUAUUAUUAUUCUGAAGAACGAAGGCGGGUUUUUGAUUUUUUGUUGGGUUUUUUGGUUGGUUUUUUUUUUUUGGCAGUACACACCCAAAGAUCCAAAUUUGUAUAAAAACAAAAAGGAGUUUAAAAAAAAAAAAAAAAAAAAAGAAGACAAAAACUUUAAAAAAAAAAAAGUUUAAAAAAAUAAGAAAUAAAUCAAUCACAGACCCUCUUGGUGGGGAGGGAGUGGGGGGGCUGGGGAAAAGGGGGGUCCCUGUCCCAGGGUCCCCGAGGCGGUGGCGGUGACAAGCUCAGGGUGUGGGUGCGUGUGUGGGUGCCAGGUGGGUUUUGGGGUCCUCUCCUCCCACAAAUCCCCUGUGUGUCCCCCCCUCCUCCUCAAGAGUUUGGCAAUCUCUGUACAGCUUUGUGGGUUGUGCAAAAAAAGAGAAAAAACACACACACACACACACACAAAGAGAUGAAAACCACCCUGAAAUGGAUAAAAAAAGCAAAAUUCACAAAAAAAUGAUAAAAAAAAAGGAGGAAACUACCGAAAUUUGGUCAAAAUCCCCCCUCCUUCCCCCGCCCCCCCGCUGCCCUGUGCAGUGCUUGUGCUGCCCUGGCCAGAGGGGCCCCCUGAGCCCCCCCGGCCCCGCUUUGCCCCUCAAACGGUCUUUUUGUGUUAUUUAGGAAGGAAUUUUUAAUAGGCACUUUUUUUAUAUUAAAAAGAAACCUAUAUAUUGA